GUCUAGCUUUUAGGACCCACACAGCCGGGCUUAUUCCUGGCUCUUGCUCUGCCGCAAGAAAGAGAAACAAAGUCAAAAUAUCCUUAUCCAUGCACAACGCUAAAGAUGCGGCCUACUCAACAUCGUCAUCCCUGUGCAGCUUCAAGUUCUUUGUCUUUCCGUGCUGCCGGUCUCGUGGUUUUGUUUUUCAGUGGUGUUUUCGUCCAGCUUUUGUUUAUUUGCCCCGUCACUGUGCUUGCAGACGAAGUACACGUGGAGCAGCAGCGGGUUCUUGAUGCCAGCUGCCGUGACCACCCCGGAAUUCCGCCACCGCCACACAGGAACUGGAACGAAUUGUACAAGGAUGUCGUCGCUUUCAAUCAGACGUAUCUCUUCGACGGCGGGGGCGCCGGGGGAAAAAAGCCACCCGGUACUAGCGCCGCUGAUGAACAACCUGUGUCGUCGCUGCGAGAGUUGAAUCGCUUCGUCUUGUCGCGGGAGGACAUUUUCCACGGAUUUCCGAGUGUCGCCGCUGCGAAAAGGUUCAACCUGACUCGGCAUCGAAAAGCAGAGCACGAUGGAGAAAAAUCUCUUCAUGAACAGAAAGACAGUGAUGUGGAUAUGAAUACCAGUACAACUUCUUCUACGCGGGUACUCCACCCGAACGUGUUUCCGGGCACCUACACCUACUGGGAGUCGAGGUUUCUGCCCCUGUACGAGCUGGCAGAGACCAUUAGCUGUAUCAACUGCAAAAAUAUCUGGGUCUGGAAAGUUAGAACUUGUGAUGCUAGCUUUGGACUCUAGAAAAAUCUGUAUUGCAUCCCCAGCAAGAGGAGUCCAGUUUCUGCUACGCGGGGAGGCCAUUUGUCAUGCGCAAUAGGCAUCAAGAAGCGCUCAGAAAAUCUGUGAUGCCAGGGAAGACAUCACAGACGUCACGGGCCAUGUAAAAUCUGCAUGACAAGUUCGCAUCCUUCCAGACCCAGACAUAUUUACAGUUGAUAAGCUGCGUGUUCGCUCGAUUGUGUGUCCGGCUGAUCAUGGCAAUUUUGCUAUCCUGAGUAAAAACGUAUCCACACCAGAGCUGUAAUGCAGAUUUGCAAAGAGAGGAAGACUUGUAAUGCGCAUCCCCAUGAGAGCCAUUUCCAAUCGUGUUUUGGGAUUUGUGAUGCUGUGAACAGGAUGAGCAGACGAAUCUGUGAUGCGGCUGCACUUGCUAACCCGCACUACACUGCAUAGUGCAACUUGUCAUGCGUGACUCACAAAACUCCUAGGUUUGUGUUGCAAAAUCCCCAUCCUGACUCUGGUGUGGCUACGUUUUUACUCAGGAUAUUUGCGGCGCGACCGCGCGGAGGUUGAAGGCGUGCUGCAGCGGUUAAAGGACGACGUGGUGUGGAACGAAAUCACUUUUAGUCCGUGGCCGGUCAUGCAUCUGCUCUACAAAGCGCAGGUGGCCACCGCCACCCUCCGCAGCCCCCGGGAGCCAAGGCUUUUAACCCUCGCAACGGAGCGCGCGACCAGAAAAGGAGCUGGCAAGGUUUUGGCAGAUGCAGCCGCCGAAGGAGGGGGAGGUGAUGGAGAGCGAUCAGAUCAAGAGCCCGAUAAAAUUUCAGGCACAGACAGAAGAAAUACGGAGGAACUUGUCGCCGGAGCUGCUUUGUCCUUUCACGACAGUCCUGUCGUCGUCGAAGAGGCAGCGGCAGACUCACCUUCUGUUACCUCUAGUAUCUCUACCGCGGAGGCUGUGGACGAAGAUCUCGAGUCAUUCGAGACGGUACUUUCCUCACGUCGGUCCCUGGCCGGUCUGAUCGCCACGAAAGUUGACAACUGUUUUGCAGUGUCUGGGCAAAGCUGGCUGCGGCGCGAAAGCGAUUUCGGCAGCUACGCGGCGAAGUUCCGCGAUAUAUUUCCACCGAUAGGUGGUGCAGACACAGAUAGACAAGCUACAAAUAGUGAAACGAGAUCAGGUCGUUCCUCUUCCUCUUUCUACGCCGGGCUCGCCUCCGACUUCCUGCUCAGUGUGCACAGCUGGUUCACUUCCGAAACGACAUCAAAAGAUGAGCCCAGCAAAGCUAAGGCCCGCACUAUGCCGUUUCCGUUUUUUGACACGCACCAGUUCUUCCGCCGGUUAGUUGGGGACUUCUGUCUCGAAUACUUGUACACCUACGCGCUGAUUCAGAUGGCGAUGCACGUGGAAUUUACGAAUGUGACCCCCGGGUUCGUGCUGCGCUGGGUCCAGCGGCUCCUGCACUACCCGAACCUUGCCGGCGUCGACGGGCUCUUCAGCAACACCGACAACGUGGCCCUGCACAAGGACGACGAGCUCCUGCUCCCGUGGGAGGGGGAGGAGGACGAAGAGGAUGUCAUAAGCGCCAUCGGUUCCGCCACGAGCGGCAAUGCGAAGUUCUUCCGCAUGCUCGCCGCGGUGUCCAACGCUGCAGGAAAAAAAGACGACUCGAACAGUACUGCUUCCUCGUCGUCAACCGCAGCCGCGACAGAGUCCACCUCUGGGCGAGUGGAGUAUGUCAAGUACGGUGUAAAGCACGCACUUCCCUGCAUGCGCCGAACUCGUAGUACUGGGAACACAGGAGCGUCAGGACGAAGAUCUACUUCACCGGGCGACGCGUCCAGUGGUAGUGUGGCGGACGACGAAAAAUAUUUUAUAGAAGGAGAAACGGUGAUCAUCCGACAUGAUCAUGGACCGAAGAAAAAUCGCAGCGUACCCUCGUGGAAAGGGUGUUUUUUUUCCGGGCCGCGCCCCGGCCGAGGUAAGAGCGCUCGACGACCAAAACGCGUGGGCGCUCGUGGCCAGACGGGGAGAGUGGUUUCAUGCGUCCAGCAACCAUGAAAACUAAGCACCUGGGGCCCCCAAAGCGUCCGGCCAUUGUCGGCCUUUCCCAUCUCCAGCACUGCUCGCAUAAUGUGCGCAGUGAACACUGCCACACUCUGCGAAAAGCUGCGCCAUUUUUUCGGUCCGUUAAAAAACAAACCCGCUCCGCGAGGGUGUGCUGCGAUUUUUCUUUGGUAGAUGAUCACUGUCGGCGAUCGCCAUUUCUCCUUCUAUAUAUUUCGAGGACGAGUUUUUCUUCGCGCUGCGGCGCUACGUCGCGGGCGCGUACGGUAGCAGUCUGGGCUAUUUUUACUCGGUCGAGCUCCACUACUGGCUGGCCAAGCUCACGGAAAAGGAGUUUCGCAUGAAGCUGGGGGGUGUGGACGUCGCCGCGUACUUUGACGCGCCUAACCGGGUCGUGGUGGAUUCCUUGGGAGCGGAACAGGAUCAAGACCAACUGACUUCUGCUGAACAAGUGGUUGUAUCAUCUGGCACGACUCCUACUUCCAAAUCCACAACAUCAAAUUCGACUGUUCUAACGAGGCUUGAAGUAGAACAAGACGAUGCACAAAGUGGUGAAAAAGAUGAACAAAUGGUCGAGGUUGUACAAGAGGAGCAAUUUUCGGAUCAGGAGCGGUCUGCCCUCCAAAAACUGCUGAAGGGCAUACACGACCUGUGCGAAGCCUUUGGGCUCCCGUACGUGCUGGCGCAAGGCACCUUGCUCGGGUCUAUGCGGCACCACGGUCUGAUUCCAUGGACGGGCGACGCCGAAAUCGGUGUUGAUUACAGCUACAUGCCAUUUUUUUUCGUUCUUGCACUCCUACAAUCCAGUCACUUCGCCCGUUUGUCGUUUCUGCACGCGGAGUUGCAGCUUUAUCUGCUGGGUGGCGAACGGCAAGCGCAGGAGGACCACACGCGCACGCCUCCUGAAGAUGAAAGGUUCCGAAAUAGUCUUGUGGUGUACAAAGCGUACUACAAGCAGUUGCUCGAAGCUGGUGCAGCAGCUGUGCCGGGGAACAAAAAGUUCUACUCGAGGACACCAGCAGGUACUACCCCACUUUCAACAGCGAAGACGGAAUCCCAGUCACAGUUCUUGGCGCAGCGCUACCGCCUUGCGUCAAUUCGUGGUCCAGCUGCACGACGGCUCAUCAUGAACGAUCGUGAAAAUAGAGCCAAAAAUUACGAUUCAGACAACCCCAAGAACGGCGUCGGAAAUGGUGCAGCUUCAACUGAACAGGCUCCGGCAGCAGUUCUUGUUUUGCCGAAAAAAUCCAAUUUUGAGUGGUUUGCGGGUGCUCGUGGACGGCUGCAAAAAGCGUUCGACAUUUUUCACGCGCGCCACCAAGUUUUCUCGCUCUUCGUGUCGCGACCCUUCGCCCCCAAAUUUUUCUACAAGGACCUACUGGUGGAGCUCGAAGAACUCGAAACAAGUCGAAACAUGCACGCAGCUGAUCCGUCAAAACAAAAACCUGCAACCUCUACUGAAAGUAGAAACGCCGUGGCAGAUGAACAAGACGGCGCAGCGACCAUUUCCUUACCAAGCUUCCCAGAUAGGGUGGAUCUUUCCACGGCCACUGUAAAUCAGUUGAUCCGCGAGAAGAGUGCGAAUACCGAGCAACACCAGCUCUCGACGGACGUGUCGGGAUUUUAUCACCGCUACCCCUACCUGGACGUGAUGCCCACCUAUUUCCACGAGGCGACUGCGGUGGUUGGGUACACCUCGUUCAUGUGGGGGUACCGCUUUCCGUUCACCUUUACGCUCUGCAAAAGUACCGCACUCGUAUAUAUAAUUGCGGUCACCCAUGACAGAUCUGGCGUCUUAGCUAAUUCAGCAUUACAAAUACCAUUUUUCCUACUUCUCGACAAAUUAUGUGUGAUGCUAUUUCUACUUAGUGUGAUACUUUGUUUUGCAGUGCACAGCCUGGGUCUACCCGCGCAAGACCGUGUUCGUGGAAAACGUAGGGCCGAUGUGGGCGUGGAGUCGCAGCUUCCGCGUGCUCCGCGUCAAAUACGACCGUGGCGCCAUGUAUGGAUGUGUCAGAGUUGAAAUCGACAAAGUUGAAAUAGUUUGUCAUGCAUAAAACGGAUACCAGUUAGACCUACAGUUUGUUGUCGGUGCAUGACAAAUUUCCCCGGUCCUGGAAAAGAGUCUGUCAUGCGGUUUAGGGCAAAAGAGCUGCCUUCUGUCAUGCUAGUUAGCAGUCCAACUUUUGACCCUUACCAGGACUAUAAUCUGCCUCCCGUGGGUCCUCUGCAAUAGAGUCACUUUUUGUAUCGCAUUUUAUGCAUUACAAAUUUUUUCAACUUUGAAGAUUUCAAACCUGACGCUUCCAUACCAUGAACCUGAAUUCGGACCCGAUGAAAACCUGCGUCGGGCACCACUUGUAUGCAUUGCUAAAGUGUCUGGUUCUGGAAGCUUGUGAUGCUGGGUGGCGUAUCAUGGGGAGGCCGCAAGUGCUGGCUCAGCAUGACAAGUUUCUGAGCUUCUAGGUGUUGCCUACUCUGCAUGACAGACUGCGUUUCUGCAUGACAGAAAAGUGUGGCCACUCUAACUCUUGGGCAACGUGCAUGACAGAUUUAAGAGUCAUGCCAGACAACCAUGACAAACAUGCACUCUUCCACUCUCAGACAUUUUUGCAUUUGAUAACUUGUCGCACAAAACGAUGGUGUCCACGGGGGAUGUGCUACCCAAAAAAAUGAACUGCUCCGAUGUCCCCGGGCUCCCCGUGGCCGUGCCCUUCGCCAGCCCGGUUGCUGCCCGCACUGAAAUGGCAAACGUCUUGCGCGGACGCGCGACUACUGACCACCUUGCUUUCUUGGAUCGCGUGCUCGCGGUCGUGAAAAUGGACCGACCGGCGGUCAAGGCGAUUGGCUGGCUCUUUUCCCGCUGCGACACGCUACGGACGCGCCAGCGAGCUGGACAGCGGGCGACAUCCACGAAGGACGACGGCGGGGAGGUUUCCGCAAGUGUAGGCGGUACAGGCCAAAAGGCGACGGACUUUCUCAUUCACUACCAGCUCUGCUUCUUCGACCUUGUUGGUUUCCGGACAACUUCCACCAGAAUUGCGAACCAAGAUGAAGUGCCGGGCCCCGCUCAUCAGACCGAGUCGGGAUUGCAGAAGAUGUUGACACCAACACCAUUAUCGGUGGAGCAGGUUGCUUCAUCAAAUUGCACGAGUUCUUGUGCUGGACAGCAAAAUAGUCUUGAAGUUCGGUUCGGUCGCGUAGCUCAAGACGCGCCGUACUUCGUGACCAACCUCGACCUACUUCGCGCUCAUCAGACGCUUCUGGCUGACGAUGGAGAAGACGCUGGUCUUGGUGAAGAUGCUGCUAUUAACGCUGAAGAAAGCGCAAGCAGGAUCGCGGAACUGAGUACCAGUCUUCAUGAGGCGAGCGAUCAGGUGACUUGCAUCUUGCGACACGACGUAGAUGCAGACGACCUAGAUGUUGCAGCCAGAGCCACGGAAGAUCAUGAUGGAAGACGGAAAAGACAAAGAGUUCUUGGUCCGCAAAGGACUGCUGUGCACCACUGCACUCAUGAUUUUCUCUUCCACCGACGCAAAAUAAGUAGGAUCACAAGUUCUACUGCUGUACCAGAAUGGACCGCCCCGGGAAGCGGCGGCGGGGAGAACGCUGGGUCUCUGCACGGCAGUCGGCGAACUGCGGUUCAUUAAAGUGCAAUCGACUUCUUGCAUCUUUCCUUGGAGCAGCAGCUGCACUUUUUUGCUGCGUUUCUGUUCAUCUUCAGCUCGCUCGCAGGCCAUAAAAACGAAAACAUUCGGAGGUGAGCGCAAAGAUGAACCAGAGCCCGCCGCUGUCAUUUCGAGGACCUGCUAGUGGUGCUCCUGGGUGGGCGUGCCUUCACAAGGAGGACCGCAUUUUUUUAUAUACACUUACUGAUUAGAGUUAGAC